AUGGCGGCCAAACAACAGUCAGCGAAAGAUUGUAAUCCUAUGCUCGCACGCGUUGCAGCUUUUUUGAAGGGGCAUAGUCUUACGCAACCGUUGGAAGUUUGCUUGCUAGGUUCUUCGUUUGCCAUGCAGAGAUUUGGAUACAGUCCCGAUGCCGUUUCAACCUUUGUCGGAACGUGUCACACGGCAAUAGAAAUCUUUUAUCUUUUUUCGGCGCUGGGCACCUUUGGAAUACUUACCGUGCUUCGGUCCAUAUGUAAACUGCCAGCGGACACCUACGCAGCAUAUGGGUGCGUUUGUUCUGCAUGGGUCAUCGUUGUUGUCAAUGUAUUCCUGCUAAAGUCGUUCGCUCUAGGAAAGGGUAAUGCAACUAUCACAUUAUACUUCUGGAUGCUAAUUGCCGCCAAUAGUGUUGCAGGAAUUGACGAUAUGUUCAUGUUGACGGUUGCUCCCGAUGACGUCUCGUCAUACGAUCUGGGCAUAUCGUUUACCGGCAUUGUAGUCGGUCUUUUCCAUUGGUGGGUGCCUAUAACACUUAAGAACCGCAAUAUGGAUGUAAACUAUUGGCUUAUAUUUUACCAACUCCUUGCGAUAUUGACCCUUUCCUUGUGUACUGCAGUAGUUUGGACAUGGUACACCUUUAAAGGAGGGUUGCUAGAAGCAAUCGAGGAAAAGGAUAAGUCGAAAAGUGCUGAUGCCGGAAAAAAGGAGUCCGAAAUGGAUCAAACUUUUUUGCAGGCUUACUGGGCGACGUUCCCCAUGACUUUUAUGAGUUCUAUAGGUUUUGGUUCUAUAUACGUCAUAUAUCCUCUUAUAUCGCCGUUCGAAAUGGUGGGAUUCGAAGACCAGCAUCCAAUACAAACUGCUUGCCUCGUUGUACACGCGGUGUCUGGCAUCUUAGUAUGGAUUCUAGACAAGUACUGCAGACUAGGUGAGAAGUGGGACAAGGAGUUAAAGUAUUACCAUUUCAUAUGGCUUCUCGCCGUUCCAUUUUUCGGUAUUGGAAUCAUGUUUAUACGCAUCAUGCAUUAUCCGAAGUCACUUAUCGCGAGAGCCGUGCACAUGAAACCUGUGGUUGUAGGGUUUCUCACUGUAAUAUUUUAUUUUUCGGGGCGUUUCUUCAUAGCAGCUGCGUAUGCUGCAAUCGAUGGAAACGCUAAAGCGGCUAAUUUCACACAAUAUGAUUGCGAAAACGCUAGUUCUUCAGCAUCCAGUGGUAGUCAAGCUUCAAGUUCGGCACCUGCCGCAAAUGGCAAAAAAUCUGACCAUGCGUCAACCAUCUCGAGCAUGAACCUGGCGCUCAAUUUACUGGUUCUCAACAUUGUCAAGUACAUAUCGGAAGGCUAUAUCGAACAUUUCAGGGAAUCAAGGGAAGAGUUCGAAUAUGGUGAGCCGUGGCCCACUGAGGGAAUGGGGGAGCGCGAAGCAUUCUUCUACUGGCUUAAGGAGGGCGCUGUCCUGGGAUUCAAGAAUUUCAGGAAACUGGCCGUUCAGAAUAUCAAAGCAAAACUCGCACCGUACACCCAAACAUAA